AUGUCUUCAGCCAUGGGCUCACUCCUCCACCACUUCGUCCGCGACGUGAAGACAGACGUCAACGCUUUUCCAGCAGGCAUGGAUAUGGAUCGGAUUCAGAAUGAGAGGACGUUGGCAUAUGGCGUGUUGGCCAUGUUGGUUGCAAUAUGGUUUAUUCUUGCAGCUGUUGUGACAUUCCUAGGUGGCAGAGACGAAGAUACUACGGGGGCGCCGGGCGUGGCGUUGAAGGAUAUGUCGAGUUCGGAGGCGACGACACAGUCGAGUAGUCAGACGUUGAUGAUGAGGGCGAAUGGGGUGGAGACGAGGGAUAUGGAGAGAGGGAAGGGGAGGGCGUGA